GCGGCAGGCCCGCGUGCAGCGUGGACUGGGUGCCCUCUCUGGUGGGGUUCUCCGGUGCUUAUUUGCCGUCUCCUGCCUUACAGUUUGGGGCUGAAUUCCGAAGGUUCUCCUUGGAUCGUCACAAGCCUGGGAAGUUUGAAGACUUCUACCAGUUGGUCGUGCACACCCACCGCAUCUCCAGCGCGGAGGUGACCAUCGGCUACGCGGACGUGCACGGGGACCUGCUGCCCAUCAACAACGACGACAACUUCUGCAAGGCGGUCUCGAGCGCCAGCCCGCUGCUCAGAGUCUUCAUCCAGAAGCGAGAGGAGGCGGAGCACGACAGCUUCGGGCCCGGCUCGCUGCCCAGGAAGAAGAAGGUGCUGGUGUCGCUGCGGGACGAGGGCCGGCGGCGGGCGCAGCUGCGCAUCGGCUCGCCCCACGACUUCCGCCCGGUGUCCUCCGUCAUCGACGUGGACAUCCUGCCCGAGACGCACCGCAGGGUGCGGCUGUACAGGCACGGCUGCGAGAAGCCGCUGGGCUUCUACAUCCGGGACGGGGCCAGCGUGCGCGUGACGCCGCACGGGCUGGAGAAGGUUCCGGGCAUCUUCAUCUCCCGCAUGGUGCCCGGGGGCCUCGCCGAGAGCACGGGGCUGCUGGCCGUGAACGACGAGGUGCUGGAGGUGAACGGCAUCGAGGUGGCCGGGAAGACGCUGGACCAGGUCACGGACAUGAUGAUCGCCAACAGCCACAACCUCAUCGUCACCGUCAAGCCCGCCAACCAGAGGAACAACGUCGUCCGCGGCAGCCGAGCGUCCGGCAGCUCCGGCCAGUCCUCGGACAGCGCCACCGGCCACCACGGCCUGCCGGCCGCCCACGUCCUGCAGAACUUCCACCCCGACGAGAUGGAGAGCGACGAGGAGGCCGACAUCGUCAUCGAGGGCGCCCUGGAGCCCCCGCACCGCAAGACGCAGGGCCCGCCCGCGGGCAGCCUGUCCCGGGCCAACGGCACCAGCCUGGCGCACCGGCUGCACCGGGACCUGGCCCUGAGCGGCUCCGGACGAGAGAGCAUCCACAAACUGCUCAGCUCCCUGAAGGUGGACCCCCGCCACAGCCUGGCCUUCCCCCAGGGCGGGGUGGAGGAGCAUGGGCCCGCCGUCACCCUCUAGGCCCAGCUGACCACACCGGACUGACAUGCCCAGGAGAAACGUUUUUAACUUCUUAUGCCAAUUUUAAAGAAGAAGAAUUGUAUACUUCACACCUUCCUACUCUAUUUCAACACUAUUUUUAUAGCAUUUCCCUACAGAACUUACCACAAACACGCGUGUACACACACACACACGCCAGCCGGGUGCAGCUCUGGCAUCUUUGCCAAGGGACUGAGGAGGUCGAUGCAGAGUUCCUUUUUUAAGAUGAAGCUUUAAAAUUACUUUUUUAAGAUGGUCAAAUCCAUGUUUCCAACUUCACUGGUACAGAGACCCCCGGUGGUGGGCGGUGCGGCACGGCCUGUCCCGGUGCUCCCACCAGCUGCAGGCGUCGGGGUGGCCGAGGGGCAGCUGGCACCAGGGACGGCGUUUCAGAGAAGGAACGCGGCCUCGCCUGGCACGGGGGCGAGUCGCCCACUGUCCCAGUGCGAGGAGGGCCCGGGGCUGCCCUCGGGGAGAAGCGUGGACGGUGUCCAGAAGGCUGUGCGCACAGCGGCGGUCGGUGGGAGCUCCUGUUCUUUCACUGUUAACAGGUCACCUGGGACUUUAUUUUUAACAAAUAUUAAAUUUAUUGUCACUUCUCUUCGACCUUACAUUUACAUACUAAGUGAUUUUAAACAUUCCUGUUUGAUCAAAUUAAGUUUUUUACAGUGUUUUCUGUUUGGAUAAAUGUCAGGGAGAAAGUUACUUUUAUACUUUGAGAACUAACCUUUGACCAAAUAAAUCUUUGCUAUAAAUACAGGUAAAAAUAUUUUUGUAGGUCACUGGGCCAGCUCUGCCUGUGGCUGUGCCCUGUGGCGCAGUGCCACCUGCUGGUCAGUGGCAGGACUAUCCUGGUUUCGUGCCACAGGGAACUGAACCUGUCCUGGGCCUCUGGGAAGCUGUCUCGGGCAGAGUAGCUUUGCUGUCACCAUGGUCUCUGCACAGGUGUCUGAUGUGGUCUGAGCGCGCAGGGAAGACCAGAGCUGCCCCUGCAGGUCUCAGCGAGGACCCCCAGCCCCCUGCUUGGGCUCUGAGUGGUGCAGGACCCCUGUGGCGGCCGGCAGGCGGGGCUUUCGCCAGCAUGAGUUCCCAUCCUUAGCUGAGGGGCUGCAGGUUCUGGACGCCUGACAGGGACCUGGGACACAGCUGCUCCUUCCAAUGUGAAUCAUUUUUUAAAGAAACAAAGAGGCUCACCCUGACGUCCACGUGCUGCUGGCCAGGAUUUUAGUUUCGAGCUGCUGGGAGCACCUCGAGUGUAUUUUUCUACCCAAGUCUGUGUUUCUCCCAUUAUCUUUUUUCUUUUAAAAAAAACUGUGUUUUGUUUUAUAUGUCAGAAUAAAACCUCUUCUGCUUCUGCGUUGAUAA